CAGGCAGAUCGCUUUCCCUGCCUCACCCCACAUCGCCCACUCCCACACCACUCCUCUCCCUCUCCCUCUCCGCCCUCUGCGUCCGUCCAUCCAUCCAUCUCAUUUAAACCCCCGCGACCACGAACACCAAGCCUCACUGGCAUCCAUAGCAGCAGCAGCAGCAUUCCGUCGCCGACACGCGGCGCAGCCGUGGGCGAGUGCCGAUCGAUAGAUGGCGGCGGCGAGAGGGCCGCUCACGCUGCGGGACUUGCUGGAGCUCGGCUGCGACUCCAGCAGCGACGGCUUCCGCUCCUACCCGCGCUGCCUCCCCUGGAGAGACGACGCGCUGCAGGCGCCCGUGCGGCUCCUCGUGGAGACCGACUUCCGGAGGAGCCCGUCGCGGUCGCCGUCGUCGCUCUUCUCCAUCGCCAGGAUCUCCAGCCUCUCCAGGAGCUUCUCGCGCCGGAUCAAGGAGGGUUUCUGGAGGCGCCGAGAGGACGACGACGACGGCGACCUCUGCUUGGACGACCGGGACUCGUGCGGGUUCCCGUCGCCGCUCGUCAGCAGCUGCUCCGCUUCGGACUCGGGGUCGGAGUACGCCGACGAGUCCGAGGUGGACAUCGCCAUUGGUGACAAGACGACGAUGGCGUUCGAGCGCGACAAGCCAUCGUCGUCCGCCUCAAGAAGCAGCUCGGCGGAGCACGACUGCAGCACGGACGGCGCCGCGGCAGACGGGAACAAGAUGCAGGCGGGUGCAGGCGACGCCAUGAGCAAGAGCAAGUUGGGGAUGGAGGAGGACAAGCAACAGCUGAGCCCCGUGUCCGUUCUGGAUUUCCCCUUCGAUGACGACGACGCCGACGAACGGAGCGACGCCGGCACGUGCUCGCCUUCCUUUCACCGCUGUCCGGAUCUUCUUCUCCACAGGACGACGACGAAGCAGCUGCUCCACAAGAUCCGGCGGUACGACGGCAUGGCGCAGGCAGUCGACCCCGUGGAUCUCGAGGCACGAUUCACCGCCACCACCUCCGAGUCCGGCGAAUCCGUGUGCGCGAGCACACAUCUCCCAACCACCAGCUCCUCCUCGGACACCGCCGCCAGCAGUAGCGCGACAUCGACGACGACGGCGCCGCGCCACGGCGAGGAGCACCAAAGCGUCGACCAGAAACCACGGGAUCAAGAAGAGCUUGACGAAUACCGCCUGCUCGCGCAGCUGCUCCUCGAACUCGAGGUCGACACGGCGGCGGCCGUAGACGAGGCCUCCCAGGUGCUCUUGCUCGACUUCUUCGUGGAGGGAGUCGACCGCCUCCGUUCCUCGGCGACGGUCCGGCCGGCGGAUAAAGACGACGACGACCGGGUGGCGGAGGCGCUGGUGGGGGCGGCCGCGGAGUGGCUGCGGGGCGCGGGGGCGCAGUGGGGCAUCAGGGACGUGAUGCUCUCCGGGAAGGCGGCGCUGGAGGACAUGGAGCGGGGCCGGCGGUGGCUGUGCGCGGGCGAGGAGCAGCGGGACAUCGGCGCGGCGGUGGAGGGGUUCGUCAUGGACGGGCUGGUGGACGAGCUGGUCGCGGAGCUGGUGCCUUGGUGGCACGGUGACGGCCGUCGAUGGAGCCACUAGAUUAGGAAUUGCUCAUCGUGGAUGGUGCGCGCGGUGUCAACGCCACGGAGUUUUGGCCGCCGGCGGGCGAAAACCCCGUGACGUUAACACGGCGAUCGAGGUCCGGCCGGCCGUGGACAGAAAGCAAGAGCAGCGUGUACAUGUCCGCCGAGGGAGCUACUAGUACACAUUUUUGUGGGUUUUGCUGGAAUUGUGGUCCGUGCGUCUCACAUGGUGAUGGCGAACUAACUCGUUGCUUAAUUAAUUCAGUGCUACCACGACCGUUUUACUCAGGCCUGCAAGGUCCAUGGGCUUAGUUCGUUCCUACAACAGGUCCAUAGGCCUUGUGGUGAGCCUUGCAUUGAGAGAUGAUAGUUGGGCUUAGUUCA